CGGCUUGCUGCAAACCGCGUUGCCCUGUGCACGUCACUUGGGCGUUCUCGCCCCACUCCGAUACUUGCAUCCAUGUCCCACCCCACUUAGUAGACAACGUAGGCCAGCCGGAGGGGCAAAGCGAAAAUGGCGCUGGCUUCGGCACCAGGGAUGCCGGACCUCCAGCUGCGCAUGAGCAAGAAAAUUGCGCAGCUGACGAAGGUCAUUUACCAUCUCAACAAUAAGAAUGAAGACAAUGAGCUGGACUUGGCGGAGCUGGCGGAGCAGUAUGAAACAGAAAUUGAGCAAAUACUGAAGGACACAGCUGAUAAAAUAAACCACUUCAAGGCACAGCUGGAUGCAGCUAACGACGCAGCGCGAAUAGCCGAGCUGACCAAGCAACUGGAGGCGAAGUAUGACGAUGAGCGGCGACGGUGUCUGACGGAGAUAGAGAACAUCCGCAAGCGAGCUGCUGAAAAGGAGCAGGCGAUCCAGAAGGCGGCGUCGAAGCAAAUUGAGGGGCUGCAGACACAGGUAGACGAACUGCAGCGACAGCUGCAGGCGCGCAUCAAGGAGGUCAACGAGCUGUCCAACAAUGCCAACGCCAGCGGCGCGGAGCUGCAAGGAGCGCUGGCGCGCGCGCGGGCGGAGACGGAGGAGGCCAUCCAGACCCACAACAAAAAGUACAACGACAUGCUGGCGGAGCGCAUGCGGGCGGAAGACGCCCUGAGCGAGCAGCUGGACGCGGCGCGGAGGGCGCUGGAGGCGGAGCAGCGGGCGCGCGCCGACGUGGAGGCACAGUUCGGGGACGCGCGCACGCGCUGGGACCAGGAACGGGUGGCCAUGACGGAGGAGCGCAAGGCCAGCGAUGCUAGCUGGAAAGGGAAGGUGGAGGCGCUGGUGGAGGAGGUGCAGCGGGAGAAGGCGGCGGGCAAGGAUGCGGCCAAGAAGGCGGCGGACGCGGCGGCGGUGGCGGCGGCGCGCAUCCAGGACCUAGAGGGGCGGCUGGCGGGUGUGGAGGGGCAGCUGCGUGACAAGAGCGGCGAGGCGGACAGGCUCACCAAGGAGCUCAGCACGCUCCAGGCCGGCAGCGCAGCCCAGAUCGCCGAACUGGAGAAGCAGCUGGCGGCGGCCCGGGCGCAGCUGGACCAGCUGUCUGCAGGGGCGGCAGGCGACAAGGAGGCGUUUGCGGCGGCGCACGCGGCGGCGGCGGCGGAGCAGGAGCGCCUGACCGGCGCGCUGAAAAAAGCGGAGGGCGAGCUGGCGGACACGCGGGCGCAGCUGGCGGCGGCCAAGACGGAGAUCGAGGGCCUCAACGGCCAGCUGGCCAAGACGCGUGUGGACGGCGACGCGGUGGCGGGGCAGCUGCGCAGCCGCAUCGCCGCCCUGGAGGAGGAGGUCAAACGGGCCAUCGCCAUGGGGCAGAGCGAUGCCGUGGACGCCGCAACAAAGAUGCGCGACGCGUACGAGAAGAAGCUGGCUGACGCGGCGGAGGCGGCCCGCAAGGCGCUGGAGUCGGCGCAGCGGGAGCGGGAUGACCUCAUAGAGGCCGCCAAGAAGGACGCGGCCAUGCGGCUGGCGGGCGCGGAGGGCAGCGCAAAGAGCCAGAUGGAAGACCUGCGGAAGAAGUUGGAAGCGGAUAAGGCUGCGGCGGUGUCAGCGCUGGAGGCGGCGGCAGCCAAGGCGGCAGCAGAGGCCAAGGCGGCGCAGGAGGACCUGCAGCGGCGGCUAGCGGCGGCGGAGGCGCUGGCUGCGGAGGAGCGCAAGGCCAAAGAGGCGCUGGCUGCGGAGCUGGCGGAGCUGAAGGCGGCGCUGGAGGCGACUGGCAAGGACGCCAGCGCAACCAAGGACCAACUGGAAGCCCGGCUCAAGUCACUGACGGCAAGCGAGAGCUCCAUGAAGGAUGAGCUGGCGAAGACCAAGUCGGCGCGGUCGGCGGCUGAGUCCCAGUCGGCGGAGCGGCAGCAGCAGAUCACCGCGCUGCAGGCGGAGCUGGAGGCAGCCAAGAAAAAGGCCGAGGAGGACAAGCGCGCGGCGGCGGCGCUCAUGUCGUCGGAGCUGUCGCGUGUGGAGCGGGAGGGCGCGGCCAAGGCCGAAUCACAACUGCGCCAGGCAAAGCAGGAGGCGGACGCGCGCCUGGUUGCGGAGCUGAGCCAGCUCCGGUCGCAGUUGAGUGCGGCGGGCGGCGCGGCAGAGGCGUCGCUGCGGCAGCAGUUGGACGAGCUGCGGCGCAAGAUGGAGGGAGACAUGGAUGCCAUGCGCAAGACGCACGCACAGGAGCUCGAGGAGCUCAAACGGAAGCACGAGGCGACGCUGGCCGACUUGCGCGCCACCACGGCCGCGGAGCUGGCGGCCGCCCGUUCCUCCGCCGCCAGCAGUCAGUCCGCAGUGGAGGACGAGCUGCGCAAGGCCAUGGCGGCGGCCGUGGCGGCGGCGGAGGCGCGCGGCCGCGAGGCGGCAGAAGCGCUGCGGCGGGAGCUGGGUGCGGAGAAGGAGAGGGUGCUGGCAGAUGCGGCGGCGCGGGCGAAGGAGGAGGCUGAGCGCGCUUCUGCGGCGGCGAAAGAGGAGCGGGAGCAGCUGGCGGCGGCGCAUGCCAGCGCUUCCGCGGCGGCGGCGGACCAGAAGGCCAGGGACUUGGAGGCGGCCAACAAGGCCCGGGAUGCGGCGCUGGCUGCUGCGGCCAAGUCGCAUGAGGACGCGGUGGCGGCGCUCACCAAGCAGCACGAGGCGGCGCUGGCGGCGGCGCAGGCGGAGAGGGACAAGCUGGACAAAGUGCAGGCCGCGCUUGGCAAGAAGGCUGCGGGGCUGGAGGAGGAGAAAGCGGCGCUGGCAGCUCGUGUGGAGCAGCUGCAGGAGGCGCUUGCCAAGAAGGCGGCGGAGAUGGCGGACACCGUGUUCCGACUCAAGCAGGACGCCGCCACGGAGCGCGACCAGCUGCUGCGCUCCUACACAGCCGACAAGGAGGUGCUGCAGGCGGAGAGCGCGCAGCUGGCGGCGCAGCUGCGGCAGCAGCUGGCGGACGCGCGUGAGGGCGCGGCACAGCAGUACGCGGAGCUGGAGGCCAACUACAGCGAGCUCAAGGCCAGGUGGGACGCGCGCGAGCCGCGUGAGGAGGACGUCCGCCGCAUCGCGGAGCUGGAGGGCUUUGUGCGGCAGCUGGAGGAGCUGGUGCGCACCAGCGAGGAGCGUAUGGCGCAGCUGCGGGCGGAGCUGCUGCUUCGCGAGGACAACUACAACAAGCACUUCAAGAACGGCGGCGCGGGCGAGAAGGUGUUGAACGUGGAUAUGGCCAUGAACGCGCAGAGCGGUGUGGUGGACUGGAUGCUGGGCAACAAGAAGAAGCCGGGGGCGGGCACGGCUGGAGACGGCGGCGCCGGCAAGGGCGCGUCCAUGGGGCGAGACAGCGGCAGCGGCCGGAAGUGAUCGUGAAUGCUGGUUGCAGCAGCAGGAGGGCAGUUGAGAGGGUAGUCAAAUGUGGCGACAGGGGUGUCCGGGUGUGGGUGCUGGGUGCUGAGUCGAAUGUGCAGCUGUGCUCACAGCGGCGUACAUACUUGGUUGGGCGGUGCUGUGUUUAAGCGCGGUGGGGCCUUGGAAUGUUUGUUAGGUGGCGGUCGGAGGCGCAGGGCAUGGCCGUGGCGUCGGCUUGACGGUGAUUGAAGCAGCGCGUACAAUUCAUGCAUUACUUGUGCAUUUGUACAGAUGAGCAACAACAGGCACCUGGUGCUGUGAAGCUCGGGUGCAGUGAGCACUGAGCCGGUAAGCUGUAACAGUGUGACAUUGACCUGCAUUGACUGGUGACUGGCGCAUACCAAUCGCACCGUUGUGAGAUAUUCAAUAGCAUCAUACAAAGAAGCACAAGAUUUAAAUGAGGUAGC